AAGCUACGCUGCUGCUAGUACAAGAAUUAUUUUUUUUGCAAUUUUAUUUCUAAUUCUAAUUACAUAGCUAGUUCUUCCCUUUUGCAAAGUGCAUAUUGAAACUAAAAUUCAAAGUCAAUUAUUCUUUAGUUUUUGUACGUAUUUUUGAAAAGAUCUCGACUGAAUGACUGCUCUUCCUAAAGCGUUUGGAACUCAGCAAAAGUCAAUGACUUGGCUGGCCGAAUGACCCUUAGGUUGGUCGGAAUCGAUGUUUAAUUUCUCAAUAGCAUCAAAUUUGUUUCAAAAGUCAACCAGAAGAACUUUGAACCGUGUUUUAAACUUUGCACACUUAAUUUGGAGCACUUUGAGUACUAAUCAACUUACAAUGCACGAGUCAAGAAAGAGAUACCACUCCCAUUCUAGAUCCAAGUCUCAGUCUCCUUCUAGAGACCGAAGUUAUGAUCGUAAACGCAAUAAAAUUUAUUCUAAUGGGAGAGAUCGAGACAGAGAUGGCAAACGUAGAAGAAUUGAAUCCUAUGAUAGCCCCUCUUACAAGAAAUCAGUGAGUAGUCAAAGAGCGCACCGAUCUCGGCAGUAUGAAAGAGGAUCCAGUGCAGAGAAAAGAUACAAACGAAGUCGUAGGAGGUCACGUACAUCAAAGAAACACCGCCACUACCACGACAAGAAGAAGCACAGGAGGUCGUCGUCAACGGAGCACAAGGGUUCCAAAACACCAUCAGUGGAGGACGAUGAUGAGGGACAUCUUAUUUACGAGUCUGGGGAUAUUCUUCGUGACAGGUACAAAAUUUUAGGUACACUUGGUGAGGGUACUUUUGGGAAAGUGGUAAAAGUCAAGGAUUUAGAAAUGGAUCACUACAUGGCAUUGAAGAUAAUCAAGAAUGUUGAAAAAUAUAGGGAAGCUGCUAAAUUAGAAAUCAACGUUUUAGAAAAGUUAGCUGAUAAAGAUCCUGAUUGUGAACAUCUUUGUGUUAAAAUGUUAGAUUGGUUUGACUACCAUGGUCAUAUGUGUAUUGCUUUUGAAAUACUAGGCCAAAGUGUGUUUGAUUUUCUUAAAGACAAUAACUACCUACCUUAUCCACUAGAACAAGUCAGGCAUAUUGGAUACCAAUUAUGUUAUGCAGUUAUGUUCUUACAUGACAUCAAACUAACCCACACCGACUUGAAGCCAGAAAAUAUUCUCUUUGUUGAAUCUGACCAUGAUAUUGUAUUUAAUAGCAAGAAAAGAAAAGAUGUAAAGAGAGUGAAAAGAACUGAAGUGCGUUUAAUUGAUUUUGGCAGCGCUACUUUUGAUCAUGAACAUCAUAGUACAAUAGUCUCAACUCGCCACUAUAGAGCUCCUGAAGUUAUAUUAGAAUUAGGCUGGUCUCAACCAUGUGAUGUCUGGUCCAUUGGCUGUAUUCUCUUUGAAUUAUACUUAGGCAUAACUCUUUUCCAAACACAUGAUAAUAGAGAACAUUUGGCUAUGAUGCAGAGAAUUCUCGGUGAAAUACCUGCCAGAAUGGCUAGGAAAACAAAAACAAAAUAUUUUUAUAGAGGAAAAUUAGAAUGGGACGAAAAAAGUUCUGCUGGAAGAUAUGUAAGGGAUAAUACUAAACCUCUCUUAAGGUAUAAACAAUUUGACGAUACAGAUCAUAAUGAAUUAUUUGAUUUAAUAUUUAAAAUGUUAGAAUAUGAACCCUCUGAAAGAAUAGUACUAAAGGAAGCUUUAGAGCAUCCAUUUUUUAAUAAGAUCCCAUCCCACCAACGACUCUUUGAACACCGAACACCCGUACGGAGAGAUAGAAGUUUAUCUACGUGAAUGUAUUUUAAAUAUAUUAAGAAUAUUUUAUCAAACAUUUAAGACAACUAGAAAAUUACAUUAUUUUUCUUUAAUGAAUUCUCAGUCGACAAGAUAAGGAUUAUAAUUCAAUUUUAUAUUUAUUGUUCUACUUGUCUUAAAUUUAUUUAUUAAAAUAUUUUAAGAGGCUUAAGGUAGUUUAGAGAACAUCUUUUAUAUUUCAGGAUAUGUUCAAGAGCAUAUUUAUCUUUGAAUGAUAGAAAUCCUUAAGGAUGUUCAUUACAAAACUAAUUGUAAUUUUGUCUAAUGCUAACGAAUUUGUUUAUUUUAUUAGGUGUCCUUUUGUGACCAUUGAAGAACUCUUCUGUGCUGUAUAUAGUGGCAGGCAUUUGCUACUUGAGGGGUCAAUAACGAACUCCAGGACAAGAAUUUCUUCCCGAAGAUAAAUUAAAAUGGAAACUACAAGACUUUAAACCGUCCAAUAUUAAAAAUGUAUUUUUUUAAUAAGUAUCGAAAUUAGAAGCUACUACCUACUCUUAAGUGUGAUGAAUAUUUCUUUAUUGGUAAGAAAAUCUUAAUUGAUUUUAAACUAUUUCACUAAUAAAUUUUUAUUUGUCCAAAUUUUUACUUCUCAACUAGGUAACUAUACAAAAUAAGUUUUUAACCAAAUCAAACUAGUAAAAUGUUUUUUCUACGACCACCAUUCAAAACGCGCGCCUCAAUUGGUAAAGUUAGCAUUUCUCACAAUACCAUAAAAACUGACAUAUGUUUGCGGCAAAGUGACAUAAGCAUUUAAUAUUUUGACUUAUACCGAUUGCGUUCAAUUAUUCUUGUCACUGUAGAUACACAGAUGAUAGUUCAACAGGUAAUUUAUUUGUAUCCUGCUCCAAAUCACUGAAUAUUAAUAUGAUACUGAUGCACCUUUGGACACCUAGUUUUUGAAAAGAGUUAUCUACCCAGGUAACAAUAAUUAUACAUUCUUAGUACCUAUAUACUUUUUAAGAAUAUGCAUUUGAUAAGAAUAUAUUUUAUUUGCAUUUAGAAAAUUCUCAGAAUAUGUAUAUGUUGCAGGACGUUGUUUACGUGUGGUAUGUAAAUGCUGUGAAUAAUCUCACGUAUUUAAUAAUUAUUCAGGGUUCGAAAAUAUGAUAUUUAUAUAAAUAUAUCACAUGAUAUAUAUCAUUUUUAAAAUUUUAUUAUUUAAUUAAAAACAAUAUUGUUUCUUGCACAAACUAUAUUUUAAAUUUUAACAAAAACAUAUAUUCUAAAUAACAAAACCGUUUAUUCUAACUCAAAUUAAAAAGAAGAAACAAAAAUAAUAAAAUAAACGGAUUUUAACAUUAUUUUAUUAACAUUAAUAUUUUAACACAAACACAAUUAAAAACCUAAAAAUUUUAUUAUAACAUUUAUAUAACUAAUUAAAAAGAAAAAUCAAAACAAACAGAUUUUAACAUUAUUUUGUUAACAUUGAUAUUGGUAUAUCCUCAUUAGGGUGAGCCAAAAUGACUAACCUAUCGAAUUUAUGGUCUCAAAAGGGUUUAUAUGUUGAAAAAAAAUUCUCCCAUUGAGAAAUUUUUUUUAACUCAAUUUUAAAAGAUGUCGGUGGCCAUUUGAAAUUUCCCAUUUAAAUAACACGCAAAAUAAUUUUUGUCCUUUUAAAAAUGCUAUAACUUUUGAACCGUUUGAGAUAGAAACUUUAUCCAGGCAUAUUCUUGUAGCGCAUGAAAUUCUCUAAAAAAAUACUCUGUAAUUGAUUUUUUACCUCCAAAAUUCAUAUACUUACGGGCUAUAAAAGUUGCUGAAAAACAACAUAUUUAGUAAACAUGUCCGUUUUUCAACACAUCUACUUAGGGCCGGUAUUUUCUGCCUCUGAUUAAACACACGAUUAUAAAAGGACGUGGUUAAUUUAACCGAAUAAUAUAGCCAUGAUUAAGCAUUAUUGACUACGAUUAUAGUAUCUAUAAUUCGGGGUUUAGUAAACAUGUCUGUUUUCAUCAACUUUCAUAGCCCGUAAGUAUAUGAAUUUUCGAGGCAAAAAAAUCAACUCCGGAUUAUUGUUUUAGAUAAUUUGCCUGGAUAAAGUUUCUAUCUCAAACGGUUCAAAAAUUAUAGCAUUUUUAAUGGACAACAAUUUUUUUGCGUGUUAUUUAAAUGGGAAAUUUCAAAUGGCCACCGACACCUUUUAAAAUUGAGCUAAAAAUUUUUCCCAAUGGGAGAAUUUUUUUUCAAUAUAUAGACCGUUUUGAGACCAUAAAUUCGAUAGGUUAGUCAUUUUGGCUCACCCUAAUCCUCAUCUGAUGAAUUAUUAAUAUCAAUAAUUUUAUUCCUGUUAGUGACAAUAAUGCCAGAAUCUUCAAAUAUGGCAGGUUCCCAUGCCCAGUCAAAGUUGGUUUUAUUUUUGUCUAUAUUUUGAUUCAUACACUUAAACAGCAAAAACAAAUCGUGGCGAAGCUGUAAAUUCCAAAGUUGGCGCGGCGAUGCUUGCGUGACAAAUAAAUCGCUACAGUUUUUAUACUUUUCUACCGGGGCGUAUUGAGACAUUUUCGAAUGUUUAGUAUGGUGGAAAACAUUUUUAAUUUAAUAAAUAAAAUUAUCGAAUAUAUCGGAUAUAUAUUAAGGUAUAAAUAUCAUGAUAUAUAUCCUUCGAACCCUUAUUAUUAUCUUAUUUCAUUUGUUAGUGUGUUCUAAGUAUGUGCUUAGUAAUUUAAUUUAGCAUAUACUAGAUACCCUAACACAGGAUGUUUCAUUAAUAUUGAACAUUUAAGAAUAAAGAGUACUACCUAUAUAAUGGGGGCGACGACGCGAUGCACUGCUUAAGCAUAAUAAAAAUUGAGAAUAAGUAUGUCAUUCUUCUAUUUUUUCUUCACUUUCACAUGACGUCGAAAAAACAAAAAAAUCAACACCAUCGUACAACCAAUAAACAUUGUUUAUGGUAUAAACUUUAGUCAGAAUAAGGUUGUGAAUGUUUUUUGGUCUGAACACUAAUGCAUUUACUAGCGAAUUAUCAGAGGCUAAAUGCGACAUGUGGGAAAAAUUCAUAUAAGUAUAUAAACGUGUUUUUAUAUUUCGUGUUAAUUUUUACCUGUAAGCAUUAGAACGUUCUCAGAGGUACAUACUGGGUAUAUGACCUUUAGUAUCUUCUAAGAAUGUCCUAUUAAAUCACGUGCUUAGUAUACGCUUUUUAGAAUAUACUUUUAAGGUACGUGCUCAGUAAGUAUGAACUUUCUAAAAAGGAUAUAGAUAACAAACGGAACAUUCUUAGUAUAUUCAUAGAACGUUGAUGUUAUGUGGGUACUCUGAUUAGUUUUGUAUUCUAUGAAUUGACAGUGGAGCGUCAAAACAUUUUAAAAUUAAAUUUUACCAAUAAGUUAAAUUAAAAAUUAUGUAUCUAUAAAUUCAUUUGUUAAGUUCGUUAUACACAAUAUAAUAUGCGUCUAUGUAAUGUUACGUUGUUUUAAAAUAUCUAAACGUGUGGUCGUAGAAAAAAUAUAGUGUGCAACAAGUGCGGAAAGUGAUACUUUCCCACUCGCCUAAGGGCUCGUGGCUCAGACUUCUGCGCUCGUGGGGAAAGUAUCGCUUUGCGCACUUGUUGCAGAACUGCUAUUAUCUUUGAUUAGUGGCAUUAAAUAAGAAUGUUGUUUUUGAAUAUAACUAUUAUAAAAUCUGGUAUUUCUAAAAUAAUUGUUAUACGCCUAUUGGUUACUUGGUUUUCCAAUUUUUCCUUCCAAUAACUUUACUCUUUUAGGUGCAGAAAAUCUAGUGUAUUUUUCUAUAUUCCAUAGGAAAUAGUCCAAAUACUAAAAAUCAACUCCAACUGGAUUUAUUUUAUUUUUAAAAUGCAUUUUUUUCUUCGUCAAGUCGGACCAUGAAAAAUACUUUUUUAUAAAAGCGUCAUCUACUAUAGAAUAGUAUUUACGAACAUGCAUAGGUAGUAUUUAAAUCACAAAAGACUUAAGUUCCAUAUGUUAGCUGAUAUUUGCUUAAUUUAGUUUAUAUAGUACAAGAUAGAAUUAUUCAUAUUAUUAUUAUUUAAAAUAAAAAUUAAAACCCAUUGGUAAUUCGUAUUGGAGUACAUCGUCCCCUAAAAAGCAAGUUAUAUUUAAUGUGUUUUUAAAAGUUAAGUGCAGGUAUUAUAAAAUUAUUGUGUAUAAUUUUAUGACGAUUUCAUUUACAGCAAUAUAACCUAUUCAGGUAAAAGGGUCUGUUUUAUAAUAUAUAGGGUGCUUCUAAAUAAACAUCGUGCACAUACGGAAGGGGGUAUUUAUUUGGCUUAUUUCAUGACUAAAAGUUACCGAUCUAUUGGGUGUUGAAAUUUCAAGAUUUUUCUUGUUUUUUUCUUUAGAGCUCCUGCAGUUUUAUUUAUUUAGCUCAAAUUUGGAAUCUAGAUUGGGUAUGUCAGAUGGUUGUUGAAUCUACAGGGUGAUAUUUUUUCAGGAGUCAUGUUCCCUUUUCCCCUCCUGAACUUUUUUUCUGUGCGCCAUUGGUAGAUUCUAAAAUAUAAAAUGAAUUUUCUGUUUCGUUUAGAAACACUUCGUUUCUGCGACCGUUAUCGAGAAAAAAAAUUAAAAACGAUUUUCUGUAGAAAUUAUUUAUUUUACAAUACAAAACACCUAUAAUUAUUAAACUACAUUAUAACAAAUGUUGAAAGUGACCCACUCCUACCCUUAUUGCAUUUUAAAUUAUUUGAGCUAAAUAUCUCAAAACUUGCAUGAGCUCUAAAGAAAAAACAACAAAAAUCUUGAAAUUUCAAGAUUUUUUUUAGAUCGGUAACGAAGCGUUUGCGGACCUGUUUAUAUGAACUUUUAGUCAUGAAAUAAGCCAAAUAAUUUACCCCCUUCCGUAUGUGCACGAUGUUUAGGACAAAGGGAAAUUCAAAGUCGAAUUGACCGAAUUUUAAAAUCUAAUACUGAUAAUUAAGAACUAUUAUUAGCGUUUUUUUUUUUUAAAUAGGUAUGAUUUCUUGCUUUUGAGGGGACGAUAUGUAGAACUCAUUUCUCUAGUAAAAAUAACUAAUUUAGUACUUUUUUGAAAUCGCUUCUUUCAAGAAUUUGGUAGAUUUUGGCCAAUUUAAAAAAAUUUAAGCUCAGUAAAAUUGUUUUGAAAUAAACAAUUUAUUUUACAUAUAUGUACUAUGUACUAAUUUUAAAAAAUAUAUUUUUUUUAAAUUUAUAAUCGCUAUAUGGCUAAUUUAUAUUAAAUCUGCUCUUUAUUUUUCUUCAUAGGCAUAAUUCGUGGAUCGAAGACCUGUGGAAUACAUAUUUGAAAUAUAUUUUAUAUUAAUAAAUAUUUUUAUAUAGCCUUGAAGUUUUAUUUUCCUAUUCUCAUUGAUUAAUAAUUGUUGAAUGAAAAAAUACCUAGAUACACACUUUAAGUAUCAUGUCAAUAAAGUUUUAAAAAGAAAUUUGUCUACUUUGAACUAAUAAUUUUCUUGUAUUUUAAGAUUAUUUGGAAUGCGGUAAGUACCUAUUUUGUAGCUCACUUUGCAGCAACUACAUGGUUACCCAAAAAUCGUAUCUAAUUUUUUAAUUAUCAUAUAAUUGAUGAUAUUGAGCUAUGAAAUAGCUUUUUUUAGUCGUUUUGAAAAUUAGAUUGUUUUCUUUAAAAUUGCCAUUUUCGAGUAUACCUAGGUUGUUGCGGCAAAUGAGCGGUAUCAUUUUUAUUCAUAAAUAUCGCACAUCCGGAGAGUCAUUUGAAAGUUUUACCCUCAAAUAUUUUCUCAUUUUAUUGUUAUAUUUAUUACAUUGCUGUACCAGAUAAGCAGAAUACGCAAAGUCACUUUCUAAUACUUUUGCAUUAACGUUGCACCGGAUGUGUGAUAUGUGUAUAAAUUAUUAAUUUUUUUUGACUUGGUAGCAUGAUUUAACUAUAUUACAUUUUUUUUCUACACCCACAUGGACAUUAGCUUAUCUACGCACAGACUACAAAAUGAAAAAGUAUGUCAUUGCGUUCAACUGAACGAAUAUAUUUCAUAUCCAUUCUAGGUAGUGCAAAAAAAUUAAAUCCACCAAUCACAGUUCAUAUUUUAGGACUCUACUAUUAUUUUUAAAUAAGUGACAAUCCUGUCAAACUAAUUGUCAGUAUAUUUUUUAAUUAUUAAGAUUAAAUAUGUAAUAAAAUGAGUUAUUUUUGUGUAGAAACGAUAAAUAAUCGUAAAUAAUAGCAUUUCGAUUUUUAUUUGAACCCUAUUUUGAAACAAUCAAAUUUUAUACAAACUGUAUGAAACUUUUAAUUACGAGUAUCAAAAUCGUAAAAGUGGCCAUAGAGGCAUGGACAGAGUACUUGACUUACACGCAAAAAACCGGGGAUCGAUUCUCGGCUGGGCAGUAAAAUUCAUAAAUUAUUUUAUCUUAAUAACCUAAAAUAUUUUUUUAAUUAGUAGAUUUCUGU